AUGGCUCGUAUGCUUCAAUCGCUGCGGCGAGCCUUGGGACUGACUUCUCCCAAGCCAGUCCCUACGUUCCGUAGGUCUAUCGAUACGGACUUCUCCGUCUUUCGAGAGGGAGACCGAGCAAUUAUCCAUGGCAAAACCCCAUCGUUAACGAAACCCUUGCAACCGGGUCAGAAAACAGACCUCCGGCGUGGGUAUCUAGAGCACAGCAGCAUCAUCGGCCGGCGAGUCCGCGAGCGAAUUCAGGCCCAGAAAGGUCAGCAUAAUAUCAAUUAUCUAACAUCAUUUCUCCACCCGAGCACAGGCCCCGAAUAUCGACUCACUCUCCCUACGCUGGACGAAUAUGUCGUCCUGACGCCUCGCUUGGUAACACCGAUCUACGCUGCGGACGCCAAUCUCAUCGUCUCCCUACUCGAUAUCCACGUAGCACCUCCAGCAGAAGGAGAAGAACACACUCAACAGCCUCUCGAAAUCCUCGAAUCCGGAACGGGCCAUGGUUCCCUAACGCUGCACCUGGCACGCGCAAUCCAAGCGGCAAACCCAACACCCCCGCCGCUACCAGCUCAAUCCCAAAUCCAAUACCUACAAGGCCGGCCCGUACGACCGGACGAGAAACCAGAAGAAAAGGACAAAAAAAGUGCGCCCAAGAACGAAACAGCCAUCGACCCAACCCAACAACAAUGGGAUACAUGGCGCAGUCAACGCAGAGCCAUAAUCCACACCGUGGACGUAUCUCCAAAAUUCUCCGCCCACGCUGAGAAAAUCGUCCGCGGCUUCCGACGUGGUCUCUACGCAGGAAACGUCGAUUUCUACGUAGGUCACGUCGAAAACUGGAUAACAGAGCAGAAACGGCUCCGCACCCCUACUAGUCUUCUACCCCUAACGCAGAAAUCGGCCGACCCGUUCCUCUCGUAUGCGAUCCUGGAUAUGCCAGCCGCGCACCAGCGCAUCACCCACGUGGCCCCGAUCCUGAAAGAGAACGGUGUGCUCGCUGUAUUCAUGCCCAGCAUCACACAGAUCGGUGAUUGCGUAGAUCUGAUCCGUCGGCAGAAGUUGCCAUUCAUCCUAGAGAAGGUCGUUGAGCUCGGUGCCGGCAUCAGUAGCGGACGUCAAUGGGACGUUCGCUUUGCGGUGAGAAAGUCUCGCGCGGAUCCCUCGUCGUGGAAUGAGCCCUCUGAAACGAGCGAAGGUGCUGUCCAUCAAGAUCGGGAGGCUCUUGACGACGGUUCCGUGGAGAGCAUCUCUACCCCUGAGGAAGCGCCCAAGGAAGAAGAUAAUGUGCUUGUCUGUCGGCCGAAGGUCGGUUCCCGUAUAGUCGGCGGAGGGUUUGUUGGGGUCUGGAGACGGAUAGAGGAUUCCCAGAAACAGUGA